ACAGCUGGCCAAUGGGCGCCGCCGACUCUCCCGUGCCGCGGCGCGGGGGGUGGGGAUCUCCCUGCCGCCGCCUGAGGAAUGUCAACUAUUCAACAUGGAGACGGCGGUUACCAAGCUCCAGACCCUGUUCCAGAAGGCAGAAUCUGAUCUGGAUUAUAUUCAGCGCAAACUGGAAUUUGAAAUAACGAAAAGUCGUCCUGAUGAUGCAGCAGCAGAGGAGGAUCCAGCUGCUCUCCUGAAGGAGAUCCUGGUGCUGAAAUCCCGUUACAAAUCCCUGUGUGCCAAGAUGGAAAAAAUUUCCCUGGAGCAGAAGGAAGCCAUGGAGAGCAUCCGUGCUUCCCUGGAGAAAACAAUGAAUAUAGUUCAGACACUGCAGCAACAAACUGAUCUGGAGAGCUUACCUCUGUCAGCAGAAGAACAGACUGCAGUCCAGCAGUUAAACUUGCAAAUUGGGAAAAAAGUGGAAUUUUCAGCGCAAGAGCCAUCCUGCUCUGGUUCAGCUGAAGAAGCCCAGUUCACACCACUGACUGAGAAAACAUUUCUGAGAGUGCCCAAGAGCAUCAGGGGCAGUGUCAAUUUAGCAGACUUGAACUAUUUGUACGAGCAGUUAUUUAACCACUUCAUUGUCCAGAACAACAGAGAAGCACUGAGUCUUGCACAGAUGAAAGAGAUUAAAAUGAAGGCCACUGGCAUAAAAAUUCAAAUCCUGGAAGAACUGGGGAUUGUAAAACUCAACAAACAAAAAAAAGUUAAAUUAGUUGUGUAAAAGAAAACUCGUCUGACACAGAAGCAUCUUGGUACAGCUCCUGGAUUAUUAAGGAGCAAGAAUUUCUCUGGAACAAGAGUUCCACUGUAGGGAAGUUGUUCAUAUUGCUGUAUAAACAUUUUGGUGAUAAUACUUGAAAUUGGACAGUUCAAGAGCACUGAGGCUGGCACUUUACCUUGGUUCUUUGAAGGAUUAUGGUUGAUGCAUUUUUAAGGAAUGUUGUGAGCCGUGUGAUGCUUCCACUUCCUUGCUGCCUUCCUGAGGGAGUUUUAAAGGCAAAUAAUCCAAGCCUCUUAAUUGUCCUUGCAUUCCUGAAUAAAGAUUUCUUACGAUUCUCUUUAUGUGACUCCUGA